AUGCUUUUUAACUGGAAGAGAGCAGCUACUCAGGCGGCAAAGAAAACAUAUGAUUAUGUCAUCGUUGGUGGCGGUUCUGCAGGCUGCGUUUUAGCAAACAGAUUGACUGAAUGUGGAUCAAAGUCAGUUCUACUCUUAGAAGCGGGGCCGAGCGAUGUGCCCGUUCAUAACAAGCUCGGAAAAUUGAUCAACUGGACGAUCCACAUGCCCUCGGCGAUGAUGUACAACCUGAACCACGACAAGUACAACUGGUUCUAUCACACGGUCCCGCAGCCAAACGUCAACAAUCGAAAGUUCUACUGGCCAAGAGGCCGAGUUCUUGGAGGAUCAAGUUCGCUCAAUGCAAUGGUUUACGUGAGAGGGCAUGCAGAGGAUCAAAAUAGAUGGGCGAGAGAGUGCGGUGACGAGACAUGGAAUUAUGACCAUAUGUUACCUUAUUUCAAAAGAGCUCAGUGCUUUUACAAAGGUGGUGAUUUAUAUCGAGGGGGAGAUGGACCUCUUCACGUAACUGAGGGGUCUUUCGAAGCAACACCCUUAUUUGAUGCAUUUAUCGAAGCUGGCGUUCAAGCCGGUUACCCGAAAUCAGAUGAUCUCAAUGGCUUCCAGCAAGAGGGCUUCGGUCGACUACCAUGUACCGUAAAUAUUAACGAAGGAACAAGAUGGAACACUGCAUCUGCAUAUUUGAGGCCUGCUCUCAAGCGGGAAAAUCUCGACGUUCUUACGAGCACCUUUACUGAUAAGAUCCUCUUCAAUCGCACAACUGCUACUGGCGUUCAAAUUUCUCACUUCAAAAGAGCAGACAAAAAGGUAGAAAUUAACGCUGGUGAAGUGAUUCUUUGCUCUGGAGCGAUCAACUCGCCACAACUGCUCCUUCAAUCUGGUAUUGGAAAUGCGGAUGAGCUCAAAUCUGUCGGAGUAGAGCCGCGCAUCAACUUGCCUGGUGUUGGAGAGAAUCUCCAGGAUCAUCUGGAGGUUUAUGUUCAGCACAAGACGACCAGGGGCAAAUCACUUUAUAAAUACCAGCAUAUUCCUUGGAUGCAGGCUAUCGGGGUUCAGUGGUUUCUUCAAGGCAAGGGAGUUUGUGCUGGGAAUCAAAUGCAUGCCGGAGCUUUCAUCAGAUCACGCGCCGAUCCAGAAAUUAACCACCCAGAUAUUCAAUUCCACUUCCUCCCGUCGCAAGUAAUUGACCACGGUCGAACUCUACCAAAAGAAGAAGCUUUUCAAGCUCAUGUUGGCACUUUACGGGCUAAGUCCUUCGGAAGCCUCAAGCUCAAGUCAAACAAUCCACGUGAUCAUCCUGUUAUUGAUCCACGAUAUUUCACGGAUCCAGUUGACUUGCCCGAUCUCGUAGCUGCUGUUAAACUUACUCGAGAAAUUUUUGCCCAAAAGGCAAUGGACGAGCAUCGUCUCGAAGAAAUCAUCCCUGGAAAAAAAUAUCAAUCCGACUCAGAGAUCGCCGAAUGGGUCAAAGAAGCCGCCGAGACAGCGUAUCAUCCUAGUUGCUCCGCAAAAAUGGGAAAAGAAGAUGACCCGAUGACAGUUGUUAACUCAAAAUGCAUGGUCAUGGGUGCUCAAAAUCUAAGAGUCGUUGAUUCUUCCAUCAUGCCUUCUGUUGCCUCAGGAAAUUUGAAUGCACCCACGAUUGCUAUCGCUGAAAGAGCAUCAGAUAUAAUUAGAGGCUUCGAACCAUUGCACAUGCCAAAUACACCUGUCUUCAAAUCGGAUACCUCAAAACAACGAUAA